ACCGGGUCUAAUGGCGCCAAUUUAUCUUUCCCUAUUGCGCUCGGCAUUCCUGACACGGCCGGUUCGGCCUGCGGUCCUGUCGCCAACGAGGGCGAGUGUGCAAAGAACAGUUGGAUCAUCGGCUUUGUGAAUUCCAUGCCCUACAUCACGAUAUGUCUCUUCGCUGGCUGGAUCUCCGAUCCCCUGAAUGACCUCCUCGGCCGACGAGGUGUCAUCUUUACCGCCGCCAUAUUUUCCCUGAUUGCACCCUUUGGCAUGGCUGUUUCGCAGACGUGGGGUCAGCUCGCGGCGUGCAGAAUGUUGCUUGGCAUCGGCAUGGGCUUGAAAGAAGUCACAGUUCCCGUCUUCUCCGCCGAGAAUUCCCCCACUCUUAUCCGUGGCGGCUUGGUCAUGUCUUGGCAGGUCUGGACCGCGUUUGGUAUCUUCCUUGGCACAUGCGCCAACCUCAUCGUCGGUAAGACGGGUGAUAUUGCUUGGCGUCUGCAGUUCGGCUCUGCCUUUAUCCCAGCCGUCCCCCUCGUCAUCGGAACCUACUUUUGUCCCGAGUCUCCUCGAUGGUAUCUCAAGAAGGGCAAGCAUCUCAAGGCGUGGGGCUCGCUGCUGCGCCUGCGCAAUACGCCACUCCAAGCCGCCAGGGACCUGUUUUAUAUCCAUUCGCUCUUGGAGUACGAGGAGACCAUGGUGAAGGAGGCCGGGCUCAAGGUCACGAGCAACAUGUUUACGCGCUUCGUCGAGCUAUUCACAAUCCCUCGUAUCAGGCGCGCGACGUGGGCUUCUGGCGUUGUCAUGAUUUCACAGCAAAUGUGUGGAAUCAACAUCAUAUCGUUUUAUAGUUCGACCAUAUUCAAGCAGAGUGGUAUCAGCGACUACACUGCUCUGUGGGCUAGUUUUGGAUUCGGCCUGAUCAACUUUACAUUCGCUUGGCCUGCUGUAUGGACGAUAGACACGUUUGGCCGAAGGGCUCUUCUGCUUUUUACCUUUCCCAACAUGUUUUGGACUCUGCUUGUGGCUGGACUCUGCUACCUCAUCAACGACAGCACCGCCAGAAUUGCCGCAGUGGCAACAUUCGUCUACCUCUUUGCUGCCUUCUACUCUCCAGGCGAGGGCCCUGUCCCCUUCAUGUACUCAGCCGAAGUCUUCCCCCUCUCCCACCGCGAAAUCGGCAUGUCCUGGGCCGUGGCGACCAACAACUUUUGGGCCUCGGUACUGUCCCUCACCUUCCCGCGCAUGAUUAUCGCCAUGACGGCGACGGGCGCCUUCUCCUUUUAUGCGGGGCUGAACCUGGUCGCCCUCGCGCUCAUUUUCCUCUUCGUGCCUGAGACCAAACAGAAGUCACUCGAGGAGCUCGACUACGUCUUUGGCGUGCCCGAGCGGAAGCACGCGGCGUAUCAGCUCAAGACUGUUUUGCCGUGGUGGACGAAGCGGUGGAUCUUUCAGAAGAAGGGUGCGGUGUGCCCGGAUCUGUAUCAUGAUGAGAAUUCGGAGAAUCAGCCUCGUGGGGAGUAG